AUGGAUGUGCCUGGCGGACCUGACAUGACUGCCUGGGACCAAGCUCGGUGGAACAACAUGACGGAGACCCAAACUGCAUGGCUGCUGGCCACAACCUCCACGAUAGCCUUGCUCGUCAUGUUGCUCUUUAUGUGUGGGCCUGUCUUGUGCAAAGCAUUCUGGAGCGUCCUGAAGGUCUUUUGGCUUCGAUGCUUGGCCUGUUGCAGCCGCCGUCCUGGCUGCUGUAACAGAAAAGCCACAAAGGAGGAAGCCCGACCAGUUCCCUUGGGGCCUGACCAACAUCUAGGAUGGACAGCCCCUAUGAUGGAAAAACUGGAAAGCCUGUACAAGUACAUUGGCAGCCUUUGGUCAGAGCUCAAGAAAGGCAAUGAACAAAGUUUCAAACAGAUGGAUGAUGUACUCAAAAACUUGGCUGACAUGAUGAAGACGCAGCAUGUGACGAUCCAGGGGGUCAAGCAGGUGCUGGAUGGCCUCGCUGCACCGCCGAAGCUUGAGGACAUCAUGAAAGGUGUGCAGCAAGCCAUAGUUGGGAUGCCCCUACCUGCCAACCUCAAGACCUACCUGGACAAGAUGCAAGCUGGCCUGACCCAAGAGGCCAAGGAAAACCAUGGUCACAUCAAUGAAGGGGUCAAAAACUGCUGCAGCCUGCUUCGCUCGGCCAAGCAAACACGGGAGUACAUCCAGCAGACCAUCGAUGGGCAAGUCCAGACCCUGGAUGAGCUUAACCAGAAGCUGGAUGGCCAUUCGCAUGUCCUUCGCAAACUGGAGAACGACAUGGGGCACUACAACAACGAGCAGGAGGUGAUCCUGGGCACAACUGGGGACAGGCAGGACAGAUGGUGCGACCGAUUCAACUUGCCCAACCACUACAUGGGCAACCAGUGGCACGAGGAAGUGGCGAAAUCUUGCGAGUCGUGCUUGAGCCGGGAGGCAACUGAUGGCCUAGUUCGGAUGGUUGAAUGA